CAAGUUGACUUUAAAAGGGACUUACAUUACUUCUUCCCAUUUUGCUUUUGGAUUGAAGUCACCUUGGAAGAAUAUGAAGAACGUUCGGAUAAGCAAUGUGAUCCUGCGUUUGGAACUGAUGCCCAUAUCUUUGGUCUUGGCGCAAUUCGAACUCGCGCCGACAAUUCUGGGAAAGAGGGGGUUGCAUGUUUUCGCCCUGAAAAAUCACAAUUACGACCACCAAAUGGGUGUGAUAAAGAGAUACCUUCUUUUAUUGGCCCUGAAGUCUUCAGAACUAAGAUUUCAUAUUUUCACGAUUUCAGGGUGAACCCUGGCCGAAUCUCGUCAUCGAAGUGGCGUAUUCUGAGACUUGAUGAACCUCCUGAGGGCGAAGAAGUUCCUUUACGGAUGCAAGCAUGGCACUUUUGUGCCAAGGACAAACCCAGAAGAACAGCAGAUAUCCUGCCUCGAACUCAUGUAAUUUUGAAUUCGGUACCCAUGACAAAUACGGGACCCACAAAUAUUCAACCAGGCCAAUGUGUCAUCAACAUUUCCCCGGAUUGUUUGUAUCACGAUGCGACUCCUGAAGCUACAAUUCACCGACAACUUCUCCCUGAUCCAAUUGUACUGGAUUUCUUGAUAAUUCGAAACCUAUUCCUCCCCUCUUGGGCAACUCUACGAGUUAUGGGCUUCGCCCUGGCAAAAAGCGUGAACAACGUUCACGAUCGAAAUAAUUGA